UGUGUGUAUAUGAUUAUGUGCUAGAAAGUAUACAUAAUGCCUUAUCUAAUUAGAUAUACUUAUCAAUUGGGGCAAAUGAAAGUUAUGUAUCCAAUGGGAGCCGUCGUAGUAUUAUGUUGCAUAAAAAUCAUUCAUGUACACGAAUUUGCUCACUCAGAUAGUCACAGUGUGAAUACCUUUUACAUCUUAAGUCAAUGUCAAAGACUUAUUUGAUAAGCACGCAUAGGCGCAGGAGUGGCUGUGUGGUAAGUAGCUUGCUGGAGAGUAUGUCCAAUUGCUUAUGCUGAGUCUGUCUCACAAAUAUUAAAUAACUUUUUUGCUCUUUGGAGAAAUGAGAUUUGUUGGUCAGGUUUUAUCGAAGACAUGAUUGUUGAUGAGAAAGGAGUUUCUUGGUUUCUCAGAGUGAUGGAAGUUGAUGGUGGCUACUUUAAACUGUUAUCUUCCAGCCAUAACCUUGGUGAUAUUUUUUUUUUUACUUUUAAAAUGCUCCUAUCGACGGAUAGGAUUUUCUUUUCUUUUUAGACAAACCGUCAGUUUUAGCCCAGACACCCUUUAUGCGUAUAUGCUAAUCAGUACAUAUAAUACCUUAUCUAAUUAGGUUCGUCCAUGAUUUGGGGUAGAUGAACGUUAUGAAAGAGAUAUUGUCCCAAUAUUAAGAUAAAAAUAAAUUAUUCCUUAACACGCAUUCACAAACUUCUGCAAUCAUAGUGUAAAUACGUCUUAAUUUUCAAGUCAAUGUAAAUGACUUUAACCUUAAAAGAUUAUUCCUUACUGUCUUAUUUCAAUCAUAUUUGAGUAUUUGAUGCACUGAAUAUAAUUGAAAGCAGCAUUAUCAAAGGUGGAUUGAGGUCUACCCCAGACUUGGUGUUUUAAAGAUGACCGAGCAACAACAGUUAACAUUUGUGCAAUUGCGUCACUUGCAGAAUUCACGUGACAUCAAGACAUUCAUGGGAAAGUGGAAGGUAUUAAAUGAAGAAGAGGAUAAGUUCAGAUUCUGUUGUGGCCUGAGAUAAGAGCGAUCACCUGUUUUUAUUGCAUAUGAGGAGCCAUGAUAGCCAUGAGGAAGAUGACAAAGAAACGUGAAUGCACCACAAUCGAUUAAUUCUUCCCUGAACGAAGAACGUGAAGAAACGUUAAGAAAUAUUCAAAAAACUUUAUUUCGCAACUUCACCGAUUCUCUCCACCGACAUUUGUCAGUGAAUAAUUACUUCCUGAAAUUGGAUCAUCGGUUUUUGCCACAUUUUGAAUACAACAAACGGAAUGAUUCGACAUGGAAUAGAAACUAUAUUCUAAAUACCACCACACUGGUACAUUGAACUGAUAUAAAUUAUAAUUAAACAAGCAAUACAAACCAUAUUGCAGACACAGCUUUCAAGGAAUUUCCUACCAUUCUGCAUCGUAGCUUCAGUGAAAUUUUAUGCAACAAAAUAUUCUUCUACACGUCAAAGAACCGAUCGGCAACCUCAGUCCUUUCAGCGGUUUCUUAUGUGAGGUAUCAUAAUUACUGUCGACAGAAAGACCUGGAAAUUGUGCUGUUAAUUUCUGUGCCACACUUUACAGAAUUUAAAAAUAAUUCCAGAAUCUGUUUUCUUUCUAACUUAUUGACAGAACUCUGCACAUUCACAUUUGUUUUUUUAUUCCUAUUUCAAAGCAAAGCAAGAACGAAAUAACUUACGAAAGGAUUAUAACUGACGAUGAGACACUAAACGUCAAGCAAAAACUUAUGAAAAAACAGUAGAAAGAACGCAAUAAUGUCGAAGUUUACCAAUAAAAUUAAGCGUUAUUAUUCGUGUCGGUGGAGAUUAUGUUAUGCCUGUAGUAUGGCUUUUCUUCUAAUACAAACUUUAAGAGUUGAUCUAGGUAUGGCUUUUGUAUGCAUGUUGAAAACACCCAAUCGUACAACUGAGGAAGUCAACAAUACUACAAGCAACCAACUUUGUUCGGGUUUGGAAAAUCAUUCAAUCGCACAAACUUUUGAAGGUGAGUUUGAAUGGAGCAACACACUACAAUCACAUAUGUUGGCUGGGUUCUUCUAUGGGUAUACGGUGGCUGGUUUUGGCGGUGUGUUGGCGGAUAAAUAUGGUGGGAAAAGAGUUCUGGGAGCUUCACUUCUCUCAGCAUCAAUUUUGACCAUUCUUCACCCAAGUUUAUCUCGGAUUAGUGGUUACAUUACGCUUGUUCUAAGGAUAUUGACAGGAGCAGUAUCGGGGCUGUUGCCUCCAGCAAUUCAGUCCUUAUUUGGACGUUGGGGACCUCCACAAGAGAUAAGUUUAUCGAUAGGAUUUGUAUAUGCUGGUCAAAUUCUGGGUAAUAUUGUAGGUCUUUCAACAGGAGGUUACCUUUGUGUUUAUGGAUUUGAUAAUGGAUGGGGUUCUAUAUUUUAUGUAUUUGGUGGAUUAACGUUAUUGUUUUGUUGUGUGUGGUUUUAUGUUGUUCACGAUAAUCCUGAAGUCCAUCCCACUAUCAGCGAAGAAGAACGUUCCUACUUAAACAAAACUAUAAAAUGUCAAAAUGUCGUUAGAAGAGUACCAUGGAAACAGUUGAUGUUAUCACCAGCUGUCUGGGCAAUCAAUUUUGGUAUGUUUGCUUAUGCCUGGACGAAUGUAUCUUUCCAGACAUUGCUUCCUCUAUAUAUGAAAGAAACCUUAAACGUUAAUACAACAAUCAACGGUUUAAUGUCGUCUGCUCCUUCAGUUGGACAAAUCAUUGCUCUUCCGUUGAGUGGAAGAAUUGCAGAUUUUUUACGAUCAAAGAAAUAUCUCUCGACUCGAGCUGUACGAAUUUUAUUCCAAACUUUUUCUAUGAUGGCUUCAGCAAGUUUGUUGAUUGUCAUAGGAUUUCUCAGAUGUGACAAAUCCAUUCAAAUAACUUUGCUCUUCUUUCUCAGUGGUAUAUCGCUAUCAUUUUCCAGUGGUGGAGUUCUCGUCAACAAUAAUGAUUUUGCUCCAAGUUAUGCUGGUAUUGUAUUUGGAAUUUGUAGCUUUUUUGGCGCAAUAGCAGGUAGCCUUUGUUCCGUGGCUGCGAAAGCUCUCACUCCAAACGGUACGCAUGAAGAAUGGCAGAUGGUAUUUGCGUUGUGUGCUGCUGUAUGUGUAUCUGGAGCAAUAUUAUUUGCAAUAUUGGUAAAAACUGAGACGCAAGUUUGGGCUAGAGGGGAAGGAACCUAUAUAAGAUGUGUAAAUAUAGUUAGAAUAGUACCAUGGAAACGGUUGUUGUUAUCACUGGCUGUAUGGGCAAUUAAUGUCGGUUUGUUUAGUUAUGCUUGGACGAAUAUAUCUUUCAUGGUGUUGCUGCCUUUAUAUAUGAAAGAAGCCUUAAACGUUGAUACAACGUCCAACGGUUUCAUGUCGUCUUCUCCUUCGGUUGGACAAAUUAUUUCUAUGCCAUUAUGUGGAAGAUUUGCAGAUUUUUUACGUUCAAAGAAAUAUCUGUCAACGCGUUCAGUUCGAAUUUUAUUCCAAACAUUUGCUAUGGUUGUUUCAGCAAGUCUGCUGAUUGCCAUGGGAUUCCUCAGAUGUGACAGAACUAUUCUAAUAACUCUGCUUUUGUUUCUCAGUGGUAUAUCGCUAUCAUUUACCAGUGGCGGUGUUCUCGUUAACAGCAGAGACAUUGCUCCAAGUUAUGCUGGUAUUAUAUAUGGAAUCGGUAACACUUUCGGGUCAAUGGCAGGCAGCCUUAGUUCCGUGGCCGCAAAAGCUCUCACCCCAAACGGUACACGAGAAGAAUGGCAGGUUGUGUUUGCGUUGUGUGCUGUUGUAUGUGUUUCUGGAGCAAUAUUAUUUGCAAUAUUGGUAAGAACAGAUAUUCAAGACUGGGCAAGUUCAGAGGGAUCUAGCUAGCUCAUCUGUUAGAAUAGAAAUAAGUAGCUUAACUAGAUUAGUGUGUGCUAGACUACUGAUGGCUUAUGAUAUUAAUAUUAUCAUACAGUAUUACAUAGACUAGCAGAAAAACCGCCCUCCGCUGGCAUAUGUGUUGCUCAUAUUGAUAUUAUAUAUACAUAUAGAUAUGAUACAUAGAUUAUAGAGUAAAUUGACAAUAUUCUCAUGAAUUGAACACAGACUCAGUUAUAUUUUAUUCUGUCAUCAGUAAAAUAAUCCAUAAUGCAUUUAAAAAAGACGAUAAAGAAAAUUGGAAAAGAGAUGAGACUGUCAAGGGAAAAUGUUCAUGAAUCUUCACUUGAGUGAAUUAGAAAAUAGAUGCUCUGCUGGGAAUUAAGGAAUUACAUUUACCAAUAUGAAGAAUUGAGUUUUGCUAUAUUGUUGUUUCAUUAUAUUCCCUUAUAGACGUCUGAAGUGUUUCUAGUGUCCCUUUCCUAGCAAUUAAAAAAGAUUAAAUACAUUUCAAUUAAAAGAGGACAAUGAAUGUUUCACAUCACUGUAGAAUUUUUUUGUGGACACAACUGUCAACAAAUGGACACUUUUCAUUUAUCUCGGUUAAUAUUGUUAUAUUUUCUUUUCUUGACGCUCUUGAUAAUGUAACAUACAUCUGACCAUGUGCGAAGAAUUGUGUUGGGAGAUGAUAUUUUUGACUAAAUAAUUUCAAAGUGGUACCCCAGCAUGACCGCAGUCUAACACAAUUUGAAAACUUAAUUCUACUAGAUAGGGAUUAUUGUUUUUAUACCACGUAAUAUUUUCAAAAAUAAUUUAUUCACUUGUUUUAUUAUUUUUUCGCAUUAUUACAUUUUUACGAACACGAAGAAAAGAUAUUUGUUUACAUAUGGAAUUCAAACGGAAGUUGACAUUUAAACCAGAAGCAAAUCUUGUAAUAUUAAGCUUUAUAU